AUGUCCGCAGACUUCUGGGCCGGCUACGUGUCAGGUGCCGCAGGCAUCAUAAUCGGCAACCCUCUUGAUCUGAUCAAGACGCGCCUCCAAGCUGGGCCGACGCCAGCAAUUAUCGACACUGCUACAUCCACCACCAAGGCCACAGUGGCUAGCCCUCGAGGUUUCCGGGCCCAUUUUGAUAGCGCGGGGACUCUGGUCAGAGGCGCUACAGCACCCAUUCUGACCUAUGGCGCCUUGAACGCUCUCCUUUUCGUAACCUACAACCGCACCCUUGCACUCCUCACGCCAUCGCCUUCGACCUUGACCGCGCCAGAUCUUGCGAAAAUCUGGAUUGCGGGCGCAACCGGCGGCCUCGCAUCAUUCGUCGUCUCUGCGCCUACCGAAUUGAUCAAGUGCCGUGCGCAGGUGUCCAGGGAAACGCAUACGACGAGUUGGUCGGUGGCGAGGGAUACGUGGAGGAGAGAAGGACUUAGGGGACUGUAUUAUGGUGGCGGGAUUACUAGUGUGCGGGAUGCUGUUGGCUAUGGGUUUUACUUCUGGUCAUAUGAAUGGUCGAGACAGGCCUGGAGUUCGCCAGAUGAUACGGAUAGACAGACGGCGGUGAAGAUAAUGCUUUGUGGUGGGCUGGCCGGUGUAAUCACUUGGGCAUCCGUCUUCCCGCUUGAUGUCAUCAAGACGAGAGUUCAGACACAGGCAUUGCGCCCUGAUCCAAGAGGGUCAGGUGAACAAAGCUCGCUGUUGCAAGCCGAGGUAGCAAAGCAACGCUUCAGCUCAUUUGAGAUCGCCAAGCACGCCUACAGAAAUGAAGGCGUGAGCGUCUUCUUUCGAGGACUGGGAAUAUGCAGUGUACGAGCCUUCAUGGUGAAUGCCGUACAGUGGGCUGUAUAUGAAUGGAUGAUGCGUCUGCUCCAGCCACAGUAG